AUGCACAAUAAGAAUAAAACUACCAGCAGAAACAAAUAUUAUACAAGUCGAUUACAAAAACAAAUUAAGAAGCAAUUACGAAGACCUAAUGUACGAAUACAUCAAGCAAACAAGCAACAAAAAGAUAACAACACCUAUACCAACUACCAAACUACUAAGAACAAACCUAAACAAUAUCGACAAAGCACUUUUAGAUACAGAAACAAAACUUACAAUAUCGAAUAUUCACAAGCAAAUGAGCAGCCAACAACUAAAGAAUAUCAAUAUA